ACGCCAGUGUGAGUCUGUCGAUCCGAGGCGACGGAGUUCAACGACUGUCUAUCACACACACACACACACCGCGCCGGAGAGGAGCGAGGAUCCGCGCUCGCCGCCUUCACCUCCCGCCUCCUCCUCACCGAACCCCCCGCUCUGCUCCGGAGGAUGAACGCAGCCCAGAGCUCCGGACACGUUGGAGCGCAGCAGCGCGCGCUGGGAAACGGGAUAUAGUGAAGAAGUUGGUGCGGGUUUUUUCGCAGCGGCGGAGCCUGCGAGCAGAGGAAGACUCUGUUCUGUCAAGUGAAGAAGGAUUUUUGUUUUCUUAUUUUUGAAUUUUCUCCUUCACUGUCACCAGAACUGGUCCGAGCAGCGCGAGGACCAGAGGAUUAAAGAGGGGUUUUCUGGGUUUUUACAAAGUUAACCGGAGAAUAAAGUGUGUUUUUCUGCUCGUGGAUGCUCAGGGACUCACGAGACACUGAGAUUUACAGUCAGAGCGGAAACACAAGGUCCGUGGGGGCGGAGGACGUUUUGGAUAUUUUUUCCUGAGACGUGAGAGAGAGGCCGCCGCCGCCGCCGUGCUGGACAGCAUGCGAACCGAGGAUGUCGUCUGAGUCGGGCGUGGCUGCUCUGCGUCUCACCUCGUCGUCCGGAGGGAUGACGGCUCUGUGGUGCUCGCUCUGGCUUUCUGUCCUCCUGCCUCUGUGCGUCGCUCCGGCCCGGCUGCCGAGAGCUCCGCCCUCCGACUCUGUGUCCAGCGAGACGGCCUUCCUGAAGGACCAGGUCCUCGGCACGGGGGACACCCUGGACAUGUCGUGCGAGCUGCGCGACCGCUCGCAGCCGGUCGUCUGGUUCAAAGACGGCGCGGGAGUGGUGGCCGGCAACCGCGUGCAGCUGGGUCAGAGGAUGCUGCGCGUCGUCAACGUGACGUACGAGGACUCGGGCGUCUACUCGUGUUGGCUCGCCCACAGCAGCACGCUGCUCAGCAACUACACCAUCAGGGUGACAGAUUCUCUGUCGUCCGGUGAUGAUGAAGACUAUGAUGAAGAUCCAGAAGAUGCAGGUAAUGGAAAUGAAGCUCCAUAUUGGACCAAGCCUGAGAAGAUGGACAAGAAGCUUCUGGCCGUUCCCGCCGCCAACACGGUCAAGUUCCGCUGUGCCGCCGCCGGAAACCCGACGCCGACCAUCCACUGGCUGAAGAACGGCAAAGAGUUCAAGGGAGACCAGAGGAUAGGAGGCAUCAAGGUGAGAGAACUUAGCUUUGGACUUGAGGUUGUGUUUUUUGGAUUUAAAUCCACAAAGUAGCUCCAAACAACCUAC